GAGUGAUAAACAUUCAUGAACGUGUGUGUGUUUGCAGGGCCAGACUCAUCAUCAUGAAGGCCGUCACGUCCGAAGGCAGCUCUGGAAACGAAUAUACAGAUGAGUUUGAAAAUUCAGAGACCAGUGAUGACACAGAGUUCUGGAGGAAAGAGUCGUCUGUGCGCAGGAUCGUAGAGGCGCCCUCUGGCGGUCGCUGGCGGUGGCAGGUGUUUGCUGCGAUCUGUAUAAUGGCUCUGGCUCUGCUGCUGCUGAUCAUCACAGUAUCUGUGAUCCAUGUGAAGUUUGGCAGGAAGUUCUCAACUACAGAGACGAACAUACAGAAUCUGACGCAAACGCUUGUAAACGUCAUAACCAGAACACGUGACCUAGAGGAACACGGACAUAAGCUGCUUUUGGAAAUCAGCAGUCUGGAGUUUAACCAACAGAAAAUGCAAAGCAUGAUUAAUGAUAUGUCGGAUUCAGCGCAGGCACUCCGUGACACAGUUUCUGGUCUGAAAUGCCAGAUUAACAAGAUAAGGAACAACAACACGCAGGAGCUGUGCUGUCCUGAUGGAUGGAUGCUCUUUUCCACACACUGUUAUUUCUUCUCUGAUGAUGGGAUGCCAUGGGAUGCGGCCAAGGACGAGUGUAUGAAGAAGAGAUCAGAGCUGCUCGUCUUAAAAAGCAGACAGGAGAAGAGUUUCGUGGUCAGUAAGACCAGGCCUCUGUUCUACUGGCUGGGCUUGACUGAUGCUCACACUGGUGAGUGGGAAUGGCUGGAUGGAACGCCGUUUACGAUCAUCAGGAGUGAAUGGAUGCCUGGUCAGCCGGAUGACUGGAAAGCUCACGGUUUGGGAGGCGGUGAAGACUGCGCUCACUUUCAUCACGACGGACGUUAUAAUGACGAUCACUGCUCUCGCCUCUACCGCUACGUCUGCAAAGCUCAUGCCUCCUCCAUCUGAUACACGAAUGUCCUUCACAGCAUCAACAAUUCACAACAAAACUACAUCAAACGAAUAUAAUAUCAGUGUAAAUGUAAACACUAAUAAUGGUUUAAUAAAAGUUUCUGAUUCUUAUAUUUACUGUAUAUAAACAAUAUUCUAUAUUGAUUUUGGAGGCAUGACAAGGUAUUUUAGUUUAGUUUCUCAUGUUCCUGUACUACAAAAAAAUGUUGCUUUGGAUGAAAGCAACAGAUAAACGAAUAAAUGUAGCUCUGUACUUUUGAUUCUACUGCCA